GAUUGAGAAAACGUGAAGAGUUUGAUGAGAAGAAGACCAAUAACCUACAACUUUCGUAAAUGUUUCAUGGGGAAAAAACUUGACAUUGUAAUUUAUACAUAGUUUUUGUACUACUUUAAAUUACAAAAUAAGGGAUAAAUAUGAUGAAUCAACAGAGCACAAGUACUCUUGGCUCCACGCCCUUUCGUCAGCCAUCUCCAAUAGUUAAUGGAUUAUCACAGCCAGCAGCAAUGCCAGGUUUCACACAGACAACUGGAGUGCCAGGUGUCCCUACAAUAGCUCCUCCACCAUUACCACCUAGAAGGCCAGUUUCCUCUUAUCAAUCCCCUUAUGGCCCAUUUGGUUCUUCUCAUAUGAACAGUUAUGGUGGUUACGGAUCUGGUUGGAAUGGGUAUAACAGAUUUGGUAGCAUGGGCAUGGGUUAUGGAUCGUAUGGAUAUAAUCCCAGUUAUUCUAUGUAUGGCCAGAAUCAAUGGGGAGGGCCCAGUGGAGACGUGGAAAACAGAUUUGUUCAGUAUGCUGAAGAAAGUACAAGACCAGCAUUUCAAUCAAUAGAGGCAAUGGUGCAAACUUUUUCAUCGUUAACUAUGAUGUUAGAGUCGACGUUCUUUGCUAUGACCAGCUCAUUCAGAGCAUUAUUGGGUGUAGCUGAUAACAUGGGAAAAUUGAGAUCAAUGCUAAGGCAGCUGCUAGGUAGUUUUGCUUUAAUUCGUUUUUUGAAAUGGUUGUACCAUAAAGUAAAGCACACUCUUGGAUUAAGAAACCAAAAUACAAACAGCGAAAUGUUGUGGAGAGAAACAAUAUCAGAAGUUAUGAAUGGUGGGGCAGAACAAACAACUGGUACAUCUUCGUGGCCAAUUUACUUGUUCUUAAGUAUUCUUUUUGCCACUCCAUAUUUGAUUCACAGAUUAGUUAAUAAUGCCAAAAAUGCCAGCAUUGAUGUAAACAAUCCCAAGGAAUGGCUACAAAAUAAAGAACUAGUUUACACUGCGACCGCGCUGUAUGACUUUGUACCAGCAUCAAGUGAAGAAUUACCUUUAAAAACAGGUCAAAAAGUGUGGCUGGCACCUCAGUCGCUGCAGCCGAAAAAUUUGCCGGGAUGGUGGAGAGCAACUGACAGCAUUAAAGUUGGCCUGAUACCCGGUUCUUAUGUCACAGUGGUUGGUCAUCUAAAGAAAAAAGCUGACACUAACCAGGUAUCACAAAUGUCAACGAGUAUUUAUCAAAGUCCAGUGAUCAAUGAAAAUUUCACCGCUAAGGAGAACUCAGAGUCUCAAGAAUUCACAAAUUCGAAUAAGGAUAGUAAUAAGGACUUUGUUGAAUCGAACAAUGGUAAUAUUUUUCAAGAUGAGAAAGAAAACUGAUGAAAUUUUUUUGACGAUGAUUGCCGAUGAUAAGCAGUAAAGCUCUAGCAAUUUUUAUGUUAAAUGGAACUAUUGUACAUAUUCUAAGUAACGUUUUUAUGUAAGCUUUCCAGCAUAUGUAAGAAAGCAUCACUUUUUGAGGGUAACAGAAAUAAUGUGUAGGUUGAGGUGGUCACUUUCUUCAGUUAGGGUAUCUCAUACGUCUACGUAAAGACGGUGGUUUUGAAACGGUGAUAUAAUUAAGUAAAUUAAUUUUUUUUUUCUACAUAAAAAAAUGAAACAUAUUAAGUAUUUACAUGCGCAUUGUAUCAUUUAUUUAUCAAAAAAACUUUGUGAUUCUUAAUUGUUUUAUAUUUUAAA